UCCAGGAUGACGUACAAUCAAGACGAGCUUGAGGCCCCGGCCUGGUUGAAUGAUGAGUUCUUCCGUGACGUGAUGCGUGAAUCGAAUAAUGAUCCAUCGAUCGAGCUUACCAGUGCGUGUGUGUUGCGUCCAGGCACCAACAAGGGUGACCAUUAUGCUAGUGUUAUGUUCCGGACGACUGUUAAGUAUCGAUCGGCCCGUUCCAUUGAAGAGAAAUCGAUUAAUAUCAUUAUGAAAACGAAACCCGAAGCAGAGGGUAUGAAAAAGGAGUUGCUUGACGAUGAUGGACUGUUUGCGAUCGAAAUCGACAUGUACAGCAAGACUCUACCGGAGAUGGCGCGAAUGUUGAAGGAAAUAGGAGAAGAGUAUAAGUUUCCUCGAUAUAUUUAUGGAUCACUGAGGCCUCGGGUCAUCCUUAUUCUCGAGGACAUCAGUGAUCAGGGAUGGGUGAUGGGAGAUUUUAUCAGCACUCUGGAUGAAAUGAAGCCGAUAGUGAGGGAUAUAGCAAUGUUUCAUGCCGCAUCUGUGAUGAUAGAAAGCUCGGACUCUACGUUCGCAGAUAGAUACUCCUACUCAAUAGCUGAAAAGUUAAUGGCCUUCGAAGGAAUGGUGAAGAAUGGCUUUGGAAAUUUGAUGCAGCUUACAGUGUUGUAUCCGGAGUUCGCUCACUUUGCCAAGCCCUUAGAAAAGUUUCAAGAAAAUAUUCGUGAAUAUUUCGUUUCUGACGGAAAUCGUUCAAAUCAGCCUACAACUUACCAAAAAGUGCUGAUACAUGGUGAUUUUCACACUAAAAAUAUGCUUCACCAAGUUGACACUGCUGGAAGACAUACGGAUACGAUACUGAUCGAUUAUCAGGUCUGUAAUUGGAACUCACCUGCUGUCGAUUUAUAUCAUCUGCUGGAUAUGAUACCCACACAAGAGGUAAAGGAUAAUCAUCGAUCUGAGUUGAUUUAUUUAUACUACCAACACUACAGUGAUCUACUGACACGCCUGGGUUUCCUGGGAAAGAUUCCAACCUUGCUGGAUUUACAAAUAGAACUUCUACGAUAUUCCAGCCUUGAAUUGUUCCAUUACGCCAUCUUCAGCACAGUCCGGUACAUGGACCAAGGCGCUAUCGAUAUCGAGGCAAUGCUGAAAGGUGAAAUCGAUAGUCCCGUUGCCCAGAAUCCAGAGUUCAAGAAGCUAAUGCAUAGAGAGCUAACACGAUUCCUUCACCAGGGAAUUUUAUAGAAUAUCUAGGCCUUGGGCUAUGUUUCCACAGAUGGCCAGGAAAUGUCAAAGUGACCUCUUACAUUAGUUCAUCUAUUA